UUGGCCGGACGAAUCAAGCCGACGAGCUAUCGAUCGGCAUUCGUUUUUCACUCAUCACGGCGUGGACACGUUAAGGUUUUGUGCUUGCAUUUUUUGCUGAGUCUGCAUUCCAAUUCGAAUAAAUUGAAAACCCGAAAGUAAACUUCGUAAGUUUGCAAGAGCCUAGUGUUUUCAAUAUGAGUUCCACCGAAAACAACUCAUCCGCAGCAACUCAGGGGACUGAAGCGCCCCAAGCAGCAGAACCUGCAUCGGCGACGCCAGUGGCAACGUCAGAAGGGGAACAGACGAAACAGCAAGAGGUACCGUCCUCCGCAGUUUCGAACCCCGCCGUUACCACCAACGGAAAUACCGAAGAAUCUUCUGCUGGAGAAGCGCCAACGGCAGUAGAAACUAAGCCAGCGGCUGCUGCCAGCGAAGCUACUUCUAACGGUACUGUUGAAAAACCAAAAGCUGGCGAUGGUAAGGCAUCAGAGAAAGAACGUCCUCGGUUCAGUAGUGCGGCUAGAAAGCGAUUCCGGUUGCUUCUUGGCCAAGGCUAUACCCGAGAAGAGGCGGCUCCUUUGGCUCAAGAUCCUGUCAAAUUCAAGGAAGCGCGUGAGUCGGCUGGCAAAGGAAAAGGAACAGCUAAAAAAUUCGACUUUGACGAAGAACGUAAAACGCUAAAUGGAGCCGGUAAAAAGCGACUAGCCUGGUUGCUUAAGAAUGGCUACAAUGAACGGGAAGCAAUAGCACUGGCUCGUAAGCCGGUAAAUAAUUUAAAACGUGGUAGAUCAGAUGAUACGAACGGUAACUCUGCAUUGUUUGAUCCACCAAGUAAAAUGGCAAAGCCUACGACUGGAUCGAUCCGUAUGGCUGUCACUACGACCAAUCAUCCUGCUAGUGUUCUUACGAGAGAUCAGUCGAACAAAAUAAAAGCUGGUAUUCUCAAACAGGUAAUUCAGCAGAAAGAUUCUCCUUUAAAGCCACAUUUCGAAGAUUGUGCUUUUAUUGAUGGUUAUCUACGGGUCCUCUGUUCGGAUCAACAAACCGUAAGCUUCUUGCAACAGAACGUACCAAAGCUCGAGCUCUGGAAGGAUGCUUCGCUAAAGGUCGUCUCAGAGAAAAACAUAAAAUCUGAUAUAUUCGUUGGUUAUUUCACCGAUAGCCGUCAAGACAGCAACAAAGACAUAUUGAACUUUGUCGAGUGUCAAAAUGAUGGCAUCAGUACAUCGGCAUGGAAGGUUUUGUCGAGGAAAGAGAUUGCAGGCAAGCAAACAACUGAGCUGAAAUUGAUAACUGAUCUUGCAUCUGCUAAGAUCAUUCACAAACUGGGCUACGAACUGAACUACAAGUUCAACAAAAUCCAGAUCCGCCGUGUAAAAACGACUCCAACAGCGACACAGGCACCAACUAAUCCAAGGAGGGCUAUAGUGAAUAGAAACGCUCCCUCCAGAGACAAUUCCAAUCAGCCCAGGUCGUCAUCAUUUGUCCCUAUCUGGGAUAACAAUCUACCCAAACGGUCAGUUUUCAAUCGCGUUCCGAGUCCUCCUAGAAGGAGCAGCUUCGAUAAUUUCAAUUCCAACCAGUUCAAUGGCAGUUCUCGUGGUGGCGGCAAUUGGGGUUCUGGCGGAAAUAACUCUCUCGGCAGCAUGAAUUCGUUUAACAGCAGUGGCAGUAGUGGUCAAUUGAACAACCGAUCAUCGUACAGUCUGGUUGAGAACCUGUUCGAUCAGUUAAACCGUUCCACUGGAAAUACCAGUAAUAGCUUUGAUCGGUACGGAUCUCGUCGAUCUAACAAUUCUGUCAAUAGUCGAGGCAGCAAUUCUUUCAACAGUCGUGGCAGUAAUUCUAUGAAUAGCCGUAGCAAUUCCUUGGGCAAUCGUACAUUUUUCACUACUUCAAGAUUAGGUUUCUUUUAAAAAAAACUACAUUUGCAAUUUGAACUAUAUAUUUAAGUCCUGACAAAAUUGAAUUGACCAGUCUAUCUAUCUAUAAAUAAACUGUGAAACUUAAA